GUAGGAGUUGGCAAAAAUGAAUUGGCCGCCCUCAUCCGGAGAAGGGCGGGAAAAUAAACCCAUAAUCUGCGGCAACACAUUUCUCCAUAAUUCUCACAAUUCCGCAUAAAGAUCUCUGAACUUCACAGUGCUCACCCUGAUUUUCCAUCUCGAACAGAAGGCAGACGGUGAAACAAUGGAGUCCACUCUCAAAACAUAUUUUGGCUUCUCAAAUUUCCGACCGUACCAGAAAGAAAUAGUGGAGAACAUUCUGCGAGGAAAAGAUUGUUUAGUGGUCAUGGCCACUGGAAGUGGCAAGUCCCUGUGCUAUCAGGUGCCACCAUUGAUUGCAAAAAAGACUGCUGUGGUCAUAAGCCCACUUAUAUCGUUAAUGCAAGACCAGGUAAUGGCGUUGAAACAAAGGGGUAUACGUGCCGAAAAUCUUUCUAGCGCUCAGUCUGACUCUAAUGUGUAUGCAAAUGCUCAACGUGGUGGGUACGAUAUUUUGUACAUGACCCCUGAGAAGGCAUGCAUGCUAGCAGCCAGUUUCUGGUCAAGAUUACUGGAUUCAGGAAUUUGCCUAUUAGCUGUUGACGAAGCACAUUGCAUAUCAGAGUGGGGUCACAACUUCAGGGUGGAAUAUAAGCAAUUAGAUAAACUGCGCGAUGUUCUCUUAGAUGUUCCAUUUGUUGGACUGACAGCAACUGCGACAGAAAAAUUAGUGAUUUCCAGGGUUUGUGAUGACAUUAUAAAGUCAUUGAAGAUGAAUUCUCCUCAUGUAACCAUUGGUUCAUUCGAUCGCCAGAACCUCUUCUACAGUGUCAAAAGUUUUGAUCGGGGAAAUGCUUUUAUGAACGAGCUCGUGAAAGAAAUAUCUACAUGUGUCGACAAAGGAGGUUCAACCAUAAUAUAUUGUACAACUGUCAAAGAUGUUGAAGAGAUUUUUAGGUCCCUCAAGGAAGCAAGAAUUGAGGCUGGAAUGUACCAUGGACAAAUGUCAAAUAAAGCCCGCGAGGACUCCCACAGAUCAUUCAUCAGAGACGACUUCUAUGUCAUGGUUGCAACUAUAGCUUUUGGCAUGGGCAUUGACAAGUCUAAUAUAAGACAUGUGAUACACUACGGAUGCCCAAAGAGCUUGGAAUCAUAUUAUCAGGAAAGUGGACGUUGUGGCAGAGACGGGAUUCCUUCUUUCUGCCAGCUAUAUUACACGAGAAGUGACUUUGCAAAGGCUGAGUUCUACUGUGCAGAAGCACAAACGCCGGAGCAAAGAAAAGCAAUAAUGGAGUCAUUUAUGGCUGCACAAAGGUAUUGUAUGCUGACAACUUGCAGAAGAAAGUUUCUGCUGGAAUACUUUGGAGAGAAAUACUCAUCUGAUAGCUGCGGAACAUGUGAUAAUUGCACCAACUCAAAGAAAGAGAGUGACUUGUCCAGAGAGGCGUUCCUUCUAAUGGCUUGUAUUCAAUCUUGUGGAGGGCACUGGGGUCUCAAUUUGCCUGUAGAUGUUCUUCGUGGAUCUAGAUCCAAGAAAAUUGUUGAUGCUAAUUUGGAUAAACUUCCCUUUCACGGACUUGGUAAAGAUAUACCAGCUAAUUGGUGGAAGGCACUAGCUUAUCAGUUAAUUUCACAAGAUUAUCUGACAGAGACCUUCAAAGAUAUAUACAAAACUGUAAGAGUUGGUCCAAAAGGGAUGAAAUUUUUGAAUUCCUGUAGUCCUGAUUAUCAGCCUCCUUUAUAUCUGAUCCUGACUCCAGAACUGGAGAUUGACAAUACAAGCAAAAAUGCAGUUGGUUAUGGAGUUGUCAAUGGUUUGCCACAGGCUGAAUCUGAUGGAUUAUCUCAGGUUGAGGAUCAGCUUUACAAAUUGCUUGUUGAAGAGAGAAGGAAGCUUGCAAGAAACCAUGGAACUGCUCCGUAUGCAUUAUGUGGUGAUCAAACCUUGAGAAGAAUAACAUCACUGAGGCCCUCUACACGGGCAAGGCUGGCUAAUGUUGAUGGUGUAAAUCAGUACUUUAUGACAAAAUACGGAGAUUGUUUUGUACAAGUCAUUCAGCAACUGUCGAAAGACCUUGGCCUCUCUCUGGAUGGGGAGCAAAUUCAAGAACAUCCUAUGCCAAGUAAGGUCGCUACCAUUCACACCAACAAAAGACUAACAUCUGCAAAGUUCGAAGCUUGGAAAAUGUGGCAAGAAGAUGGAUUUACAUUCCAACAAAUUGCUAAUUCUGCACGUAGAGCGGCCCCAAUAAAAGAAACAACUGUCCAAGAGUAUAUUUUUGAAGCCGCAAGAGAGGGAUGUUCGAUUGAUUGGGCCAGAUUUUGUCUGGAGAUAGGGCUAACGCAGGAGAUAAUCAAGAACGUGCUAACAGCCGUGGAAAAAGUUGGAAAAGACAAGUUAAAACCGAUAAAAAAUGAAUUACCUGAAGAGGUAACUUAUAGCCAGAUAAAGGUCUGCUUGAUACUGCAAGAGAUGGGAAAGUUAGAAGUUAUUGUGCCCAGUCUCCAGGUAGGCUGCAAAGUAGAUGAACCUCAAAAUGGGACAUCAAAAAACUCUGAAGUUCACGAGAUUUCCAACGAUGUAGAUACAAAACAGCAUGUGGAUGGUAUUGAUGAUUUAACUUGUUCUACAAGAAAGCGCCAAAAACUUGAUGCAUCAGGCGCCGAGUCUCGUGUUGGUUUGGAGGUGAACGAGGAUUCUGUGCUCGACUGGCUCAAGAAUUUCGAGAAUGGGGUUUUGCUGUCUGAUAUCUUGGAACAUUUCAGUGGGUCGAAAGAAGAGUCAGUGGUUGACCUGCUGAAGCGUAUGGAGGCCGAGUUUUUGAUAUUCAAGAAGAACAACCUUUAUAAACUCAUAAGUGCUUCUGCAGGCUACUUUCCUGACAUGUCUUCAGCUUACUGUUAUUAUAUUGAGGGCGAGAUUGCGGGCCACCAUCAUGUCGUCGUCGUAGUAGACUUCGGCGACAUUGCUAGGAUCGACGGUGAAAUCCCAAGAGGAGAAUUAAUUCGAUCCAGGCAGAUCAAAGAGGCCCUUUCAAAUCGAUCGGAGCGCGAGGAAAUUGAUUGGGUCAGCGCUACAGAUUUGUCCUCCGGCCCACCGAGGAGCAUGGUCCAAUCCUCGCAUCUCAGCCGCUUCACGCCUAUCGAGACCCCAGAUAUCUUAGGGCACAUACCCUCCUCCGCCGCGCCCUGCGUCUUCGGCGAUUUUACCAACACCCUCCCAUCCUCGCCCGAAUUCGCUUCGUAG